UCAGAAACCUUAGAACCGGAAUUGGUCAUUGCCGAUUACGAUCCCACCGCUCCGAUUCCCAUUUUUUAGAACACUGACUACGCGCCUUAACGUACCACAAAAGGUUGCCUCUGCCAAAAACAGAGGCCUGGAAGCGAGAGAGGAGUGUAGCCGACUACGACAAGCGAGGAGGAAGUACCACCGAAGCAUAGGAGGAGCUCGUGAAGGGGAAUCAUCUGUGUAUUCUAGGGUUUGGAAAACGAUGGGGAAGAACGAGAAAACGGGGCUAGGGCGAGCGCUGGUGAGGCAUCACAACCAAAUGAUCCAGCAAUCCAAGGAGAAGGGACGAUUCUACAGGAACCAGCAGAAGCGAGUCCUUGAGUCUGUGACGGAAGUAACCGACAUCGACGCUGUCAUCGAGCAGGCCGAAGAGGCUGAUCGCCUCUACUCUGUCGAGAACCCCGUCCCUAACCUUCUUAUCGACCUGGACGCCAAACCUGGCAUGACGCCCGAGGAAAGGAGAGAGCAACAGAAGAUAGAGGAGGCAUUGUACGCGAGCAGUCUUCAAGUACCUCGCAGGCCACCUUGGAACGCUGGCAUGUCCGUGGAGGAGCUUGAUGACAAUGAGAGACAGGCUUUCUUAACAUGGCGCCGAUGUCUUGCCAGACUUGAGGAGAAUGAGAAACUUGUUCUUACACCCUUUGAGAAGAACCUGGAUAUCUGGAGGCAGCUGUGGCGGGUGCUUGAACGAAGUGAUUUGCUUGUAAUGGUUGUUGAUGCACGUGAUCCAUUGUUCUAUCGCUGCCCUGAUCUUGAGGCAUAUGCACGUGAGAUUGAUGAACACAAAAGAACUUUGCUGCUUGUUAACAAGGCAGACCUUUUACCCUAUGCUGUCAGGAAGAAAUGGGCAGAGUACUUUCAUCUACAUGGGAUUCUCUUUUUAUUCUGGUCAGCAAAAGCUGCUUCUGUGGCUCUGGAAGGAAAAAAGUUGAGUGGUCUUUGGGAGAAGCAAAGCAGGGAGGCUGUACAAGUUGUAGCCAAUCGAGUUCCUAGGCACGCUAUCGAGACUGUUUAUAAUAUCACUUUGCCCAAACCAAAGCCAUAUGAACUGCAAUCUAGGCCUCCAUUGGCAUCAGAGCUUUUGAGGGCCUUCUGCAGCUCUCGUGGAUAUGUAGCUUCAAGUGGACUGCCAGAUGAGACUAGGGCAGCACGCCUAAUUUUGAAGGACUACAUUGACGGGAAGCUGCCUCACUUUGAAAUGCCCAAUGUAACGUCUGAUGAGGACACCAAGGACCUAGAUGCUGCUGAACCUAGCUCCUCUGCUGCAUCUGAAUCCAAUUCAUCUGAAGAUGAAGAUCAUUCACAUGAUGAAGAAUCAAACUCUAACCUUGAGCAUGUGCUGGAUGAUCUCAACUCGUUUGACUUAUCUAAUGGGCUAGCUCCCACCAAGGCUGCUGUCGUCAAGAAGAAGCCAUCAGCUGCACCCCACAAACAGCACAAGAAACCUCAAAAGAAAAAGGACCGAUCAUGGAGGGUUGUAAAUGAUGGUGGGGAUGGAAUGCCAGUGGUAAGAGUCUUUCAGAAGACGGUGAAUGUAGGUCCUCUCAGGGCUGGAUAAAGCUGCUUCCUUGAAAAAGGGAUCUCAGACUUGCAGUAUUACCUCUAGCCUACCUUCGGAUCACCAAGUGGAAAAAGGUUUUGUCAGGGGUUUCUGGAGCAGGGUUUUGUAACCACUGGAGUACCACUGAAGCAUGUCUGUUGCAGAAAGGUAUUUGCAUGCCAUGUUUAGCUUUCCUUCCUAGUCUUCUCAUAUUGUGCUGUAUACUUAUUUAUUAAUUGAAGAUGCAUUUAACAAGGUAAAUAAAUAAAUCCUGAGUGACUUGAAAGACAUGCUUGGUUAACUAUUUUCAGUCAACAACUAGAGCGAUCUUUGAAUGACAGGAGCGGAUGUGCAAGCGAGGUUAUGUUUUUUAACUUCAGGGAGAAUUUAUUGUAUCUGCCAUUGAAUGUGAUGGAGGUAAAGAAUAUUUAUUGACUCGAACAGCUUGAGUUAUGCGUAAUGGAAUUUCUAUAAGGGUUGGAUGGUUCA